ACAAGCACAAGGAGUGUCAGAUAUCACAGAGUUUUCUCUAGAAUCAGGUGACACAUUGAAAUUCUGUAGUGAGUAUUCAUAGUCGAAACUUGCUGGCUGGAUUAAGAAAAGACAUUGAAGUCCGAAACCUUUGAAGAUAGGAGGAACUGCAUUUGAAUUAUAGAGACUGAGCAAGUGAGUGAGACUGGAAAGUAUUUUCACUGCUGUGAAGCCAGGAAAGUCAGACAUAGAAUCACAAAGACGAAGAAAAAAAUCACACAGACAAAGUUCAGACUACAGAAUAUCAGCAGAUAUUAACAGCAGGACAAAACAAUGCAAGAGAUGGAUGCGGGGCCAUUUAGCAGGAAACAGUGGGCAUCACAAUCCUUACGGAUAACAGCCAAAGAGCUCUCAUUGGUUGGGAGUCGUGGCAAGCAUAAUGCCAUCACUGAGCGCUUUUCCAAAUAUCAGAAAGCCGCUGAGGAGGCGAGUGCAGACAAGAAAAAAAUGUCUGUUGACAGUUUGCCUCUGUCCGUGCGGUCAGGAAACCUGAGUGUGCUGAAGAAACGCUGGGAAAAGACGCCUCAGGAGAAAGCUGCUCCUCAGCUCAGUGUGGCACCAGUGAUCCGUACGGCUCAGUCUGCCUCCCGCAAACCCAGCAGUCCCCCAGAACCACCUGCUUCCUCCAGCAAACCCGUGCGACAGGCCAGCCUGAGCCAGGAGCCAACGUCCCAUGAGAGACCUGCGAAAACAAAGGCAGACAUGGAGAAUAAACAAAAGAAGUGGGCAGAAGAGAAAGAAGAAAUCGAAACUGCAUCCGAUCCAUUCUCUCCAACUUCCCCUGUGGAGAAACCAGCCUUGCCUCUGAACAGCCUCAAAAUGAUGUUUGAGAAGGGCAAAAGCAAGGAGCAAACAGAAGCGAACAGCAGCUCAGAGGAUAUGGACACACAAAUGGCCAACAAAGGUACGCCCAGUCUGAAGCGCAGCGCCUCUGUCAGGGACAGGUUGGCGAAAUAUCAAUUAGCAGUCAACAGACAGGCUGUUACUGUGCCACGAUCUGCAAAGCAGUCAGAAACAGAUGACAGUGUUCCCUGUGUGGAUCAUAAGGAGAUUGCGCCACCUGCUGGUGAUGGACAGACAGUGAACACACUCCCUCCGUCAAAUUGUGCAAAGAUCAAUGGAGAGAAUGUACACACACCGAGUCCCAGCACUGCAAACCCUGCGCCAGAGAGCAAGGACCCUCCUAAAGUGCCCAGGAAAUUUAAUCCGCCUGUCCAGGAAAGAUGUGUGUCCUGCCAAAAGACUGUUUACCCGGUGGAAAAACUUAUUGCCAAUCAGCAGAUUUACCAUAAGACCUGCUUCCGCUGUGCCUUCUGUAAUACCAAACUUAGCUUGGUGUCUUACGCUUCCCUGCAUGGCAGCAUCUACUGUAAACCUCACUUCAAUCAACUUUUCAAGUCUAAGGGCAACUAUGAUGAGGGCUUUGGCCUUCGACCGCAUAAGGAAAUGUGGACACCACGAACAAACGAGGAGGAACCUGAGGGAAGUGAAAACUCAAAGCCCUUAGUGGCAGACUCUGUGAAACCUAUAGAACAACUGAGGCCCAAAGUGGAGGAGUCACGACCAGCCAAACUCACUGACAUGACUGCAGCUCAAGAGACCAGAAGUCAGAUGACCAGCUCCACGGAAAAACCACAAACCACCUCUGUGGAAACAAGAAAACUGAGAGUCGCAUGGCCGCCUCCUGCAGACAGUGAUGGAAGCUCCAAAGUCUCUAGCCCAGUUGCUGAAGUCGGAAAGGGUCCAUCCAAGCUUUUCCGAGGAAAGUGGCCUCCGGAGGAGGAAGCUCCACCUGCUCAGAAGAGCUCUGAAAGAGCAGAACUGAAAAGCCUGCGACGUAGUUCGUCUCUCAGAGAGCGGAGCCGUCCCUUUUCUGUGGCACCAAGCUUGGCAUUAUCAAAUCCUUCACAACAAGAGGCACAAUCUUCUGUCAAGGUUCCUUCGGUCAGACGAGGCUCGCUGGAGGAGCUUCGCUCACUAUCAAAGGUGAAAACGACAAAACCUGAAGUGCAAAAAGAGGUGAAAAUCCCAGAUAAAAAGACAAAGGACAAUGACAGCCAAUCCAAAGAGGAUGUUGAGAGUCUCGCCAAGAUUGAGAGUAAGGAAAAGACAUCCAUUCUCAAACAGACACAACAAACGAAAAAAGAGGUUGUGUCGCAACAAACAAAAAAUGAAGCUGAACUGCAACAAACAGAGAAGGAGUCUCAGCCAAAACAAACAAAAAAAGAGCCUGAGGAAAUUCAGCCAAAACAAAGAAAAAAUGAAGCUGAACUACAACAAACAGACAAGGAGUCUCACCCAAAACAAACAAAAAAAGAGCCCCAGGAAAUUCAGCCAAAACAAACAAAAAAUGAAGCUGAACUACAACAAACAGACAAGGAGUCUCACCCAAAACAAACAAAAAAAGAGCCCCAGGAAAUUCAGCCAAAACAAACAAAAAAUGAAGCUGAUCUACAACAAACAGACAAGGAGUCUCACCCAAAACAAACAAAAAAAGAGCCUGAGGAAAUUCAGCCAAAACAAAGAAAAAAUGAAGCUGAACUACAACAAACAGAUAAGGAGUCUCAGCCAAAACAAACCAAAAAAGAGCCCGAGCUACAACAACAGGGGGGUUCGAAAGAUCAGGAGAAACUGGCAAAAUACUCCAACACUUUUCCUGAGCUCCAGUCUUCCCAAGACACACCCUCUCCACCUGUGGAAGAAAAGGCCCAUAGGAAAUCCCAGGAUGUGGGCUUCUGGGAUGGCGAGGAGGCGGAGGAGUCCCUGACUGUAGAGGAGAUGAUCAAGAGGAAUCGCUACUAUGAAGAUGAAGAUGAUGAUGAGGAGGAAGUGGCAAUAGUUUGACAAAAAAUGUCACUGAUCCCUUCCAACUUUUAUUUAAUCUGAAAAUAUAUAAAUGGCAGAGAUUUGAAAAAACAACAUAAAAAAACAAGUACUUUAUUAUAACCAAGUAUAUAUGUGUGUGUGUGUGUGUGUGUGUGUGUGUGUGUGUGUGCGUGUGUGAUACUGUAUCUUUUUCUUUGGACCUCUUUCUUAUAAGAGCUUGAAAGUAUUUUUUCCCUUUGCCAUUUGUUUUAAUUUGAUUGCUGUAUAAAAAAAAAUGACUUGUUUACAAAAAACUUUUUAAAAAUCACUAUUAUUGCUUCUUAAUCUAAGAAUGUGUUGUGUUGAUCCCAAGUGAAUUAACAAAUCUAUAGAAUCAUGUUAUUCUCAGCCUUUGACAGUUAAUCAAUAAACAUAACAGCCAAACACA